AGAGGACGAAAGAAAGACAUUUUCCAUUCUUUCUUCUCCAACCAACUUUUGCCGAAGCACGUGAGUCUCUUAGGGUUCGUUUCGACCAUACCGAAAACGGAGGAGGCGACGGUCUUGAGCUCUGAACAAAAUCUAAUCCAGUUUGUUUUUCGAUUCCGGAAUCAGCGAGACAUGGCACCGAGAAAGAAGUCACCAAACAUGGUUUGGGUUGUCAAAUCGAAACAACCAGCGAAAACGACAGAACCCGCAACGGACAAGAAGACAUCAUCAGUCUCGUCUCUUCUCUCAGAUAGUGUAUCGAAACUGCAUCUGUCUUCUUCGGAAGACCACACAUCACCACCCGACUGGUCCACUCUCCCCGAGGAGCUACUCCACAUCAUCUCCUCGAAGCUAGAAGACCGUUUCGAUUUCAUCCACGCCCGCUCCGUUUGCCGCCCCUGGCGAUCCAUCUUCCCCUACCCUUCUUCCUCCCUACGCACAACCUAUUCUCUUCCUUCCUUCCGCAAGUUCCCUCGCAGAGUAAGUGGAGCCUUCUGCACCCUCGAGAGGUUCCCCGUCUUCCUCUUCAGACUCCUGUCUCCCCACAACACACCCCCUUCUCAGUUCUUCGUCGGAGGAGUAAGACCAGAUAACCAGACCCCAAGAUCUGAUCCAACCUUGUUGAACAUUGCUGACCAUCAGAUCAUCCCUCUGGGACACAUGUGCAGAAUGGUCGGUUACGAUCCAAACUCAUUGGAAACAAGCUACAGAGGUGUGGCUUUUCUUGAGGUAAACGAGGAGAACGGAGAGUUCGUUGUUCUCAUCGGCUACGCUCAUGAUAUAUUGGCGCUGAGAAGCACUGAGAUGAGGUGGAGUCGGGUUGACGACUGCUCGAGAGCUGACUGCAGUGAUAUAGUCACUUUCAGAGGAAAAUUCUACGCAGUCUUCAUCAACGGGGACGUAUUCGCCAUCGAUCCGUAUACUCUGAAAACCACUCCUCUGAGGCCACCGAAUAUUCCGGGAUGCGGGAGAUGCAAUUACCUCGUCCCGUACGGUGACGACGACGACGAGCUUUACCUUGUCGAGAGAAUCAUCGUUCGUAACCAAGUGUUGAGUUUCACAAAGCUGACGUGUAGAGUUAGCGUGCUGGAUGUGGAGGCUGGUGAGUGGGUGGUGGUGAGUGAUUUGGGAGACCGUGUGCUGUUGGUUGGAAAACCGGGGAACAGCUCUGGGAACGGGUCGUGCUCGGCGAAGGAGCUUCCUGAGGGUUGUGGUGUGAGUGGGGGCUCGAUGUUGUUCAUCAAUGAGAUAUUCGAUGAGACUUUUCCUUAUAAGUAUGGAGUGGAUACGGGGAACCCUGGAGACGACUUGAAUGUUUGGAGAUGUUCGAGAGAGACUCGUGUGUCGAUCCUCAACAAGUCUCCGAUGGUUGCUCUCCGGAUCGAGCGCGCUGAGCUGUGAUAUCUUUUUACAUGAGACAUUUGUUUGGCUUUGUUUUCAUUAUUUCCUUUGUGAUUCAAAGUAAAAUGGUUUGUCUUGUGAACUCUUCGCCGUAUUUUUGAUACUAUGUGAAUUUUACUGUUGAAA